AUGCCUUGUCUUUCAAGAGGUAAUGAUGCUUCUCACUCAGCUGAAGCUACAGCCCGCAGAGGAUCAAGUAGUUUUGCUCGCCCUGACGUUGAUAUGCAUUCUAGAUCAGGAAUGGCAACUCUCUCUACUAUUGGUGCUGUUGCAUCUGCAAUGGGACUUGCAGUUGAGAAGUCUAGCAAGGUGCCUGACAUCACUACUGCUUUGAUGGAUGCGAAGCUUGGCACGGAAGGGCGCAAGGAUCUUUUUGAUUGGCUAUCAAGGCAACUUAGUGGAUUAAGCUGUGUUGUUGAAGGAUUAAAUAUUUUUGGAUGCAUGUGUGUGGAUAACAAAUAUUAGUAGUUUUAUUUUUUG